UGGCAUGUUGCCAGCUAGGAGAGUUGAAUAUUUAGAACACAAACAACAGACAAACGAUCGCUAUAAAUGAUGUGUAGCGCGCGGCAGUUUGUUGAUUUGCAGGCAAUUGUGUUGAGAACGGCUAAGCAUUGCUUGUGGAAUUUCUGACGACUCGAGGUACCUUACAGAUGUCUGCGAAAAACGUUCAACCCAUAAUAUUUCUAUCGCAUGGGGCUGGUCCUUCAUUUUACAUCGAUGCCAAACAGGCACCAAACUUGAAAGGUCUAGACAAAGAUUCAAAAGCAGCGGCAGUUUUAAAAAGCUUUGUAUCAGACCAUCAAAUCAAGAGUCCUAAGGCGCUGGUAGUUCUGAGUGCGCACUGGCAGGAGAAGACAUGUUCUGUCAACAUAAAUGAGCAGCAUUCCCUAUUAUAUGACUACGGCGGCUUUCCUCAAGAGACAUACCAGCUUCAAUGGCCAGUAGUCGGGGAUCUAGGCGUGGCCAGGAGGGUCAAGGAAUUGUUGGAGGCAGGGGGAUUCGCCUGUAAAGAGGAAAACAAGCGAGGAUUAGACCAUGGUGUAUUUGUGCCUUUGAAAUUAGUGUUCCCAGAAGCUAAUGUUCCAGUGAUACAAGUGUCACUCCUUAAGAGUUUGGACAUGGCUGAGCAUCUGAAGAUUGGCGAGGCGCUGUCAGACCUAAGUAAAGAGAAUAUACUAGUAAUCGGUAGUGGGUUCGCUACACAUGGAGGAUUGUCUACCGGUGGUCUGGUGUGGGCAAAACCGUUCAAGGAAUGGAUUCAUGAUGUCGUGUCGAACUCAAAACAUAGCGCUGCUGAAAGAAAACAAAAGUUCCUGGAUUAUAAGAAAGUGGAGACAUUUUCAAAAGCGCAUCCUGCCAUUGAACACUUCCUCCCCAUUGCAAUAUGUUGUGCUGCAAGCGGAUACCAGGCAGCUGAAAUAUUAUUUUCUGAAUUUUCAAUAGGUUGUCUGUUGAAUGAUCAUUACAGGUUUCCAGCAAAAUAAAUAUCAGAAAUAUAU